GUUGAUCGUUUCUUUGUCCACAAUAUUUCGGAUUGCUCUCGAAGGAGGAUUCAAAUGAAACUUCUCGCAUCGUAAAUCAUUUUCUCCGGAAGUGGCUCUCUGCGCAUUGCGAAUUGGAGCUGUUCGGGGCGUGUCCGAAAAUCGCGAUUCCCAUCCGUGUCGGAAAAUUCGAUGACGCACGUCGUAUUGUCGUAAUCAAGGCGCGAAAACAUUCGAAUUACAUCCCGCUCUCGCCCGGCUCUACGUCAACAAUGGGAUCGACCGAACCGCUCGUCUCGAACGUUGUUUGAGAUGAAAAAUUCAAAGUAGUCAUUGAGAGAAACUGCAGAUGUCCAGGAUGAACAUCAGAAGGGAAUUAAACACGAUUAUCGUGUAAAUUUCCUUUCCACUUCAGAUCAGACGUACGUGCCUUAUCUAAUCGCCCAUCUGCACCAAAUCAUUUCCCAGAGAUUGCAAAUGUAAUGAUAUACAGCUAAUAUUUAUUUUUUUUACUCGCGUGGAGGAAACGAUUGCCAUUGGCCGAUGACUGUGUUUUGGUUGCUUUUGGUUGUUGAGGAAUAUUUUGGCAAAAGAACACAAUUUAGAUGUCAACCGACCUUACCAGAAUGUCGUCUGAAAAAAUUCAAGAAGCGAAUCUCCGCGAAUCUUCUGAUCAAUCUGUUCAAAUGCAACAGCUACUGCCAAUGGAAUUGCAGGCUAUAGAGCAAGGGUACAGCGUGUCAGAUGAUCUAAACUCCAUUAUUCCAUAUGCCACUUUGAGAAUGCGCAACGUCGCUCGUUUGUCUAACGAGGAGUGUGCUAAUGCUAUUGCCAAUCACCUGCAAUCAAGCGACAAGUUUAUGCAGGACGAUCCCGAGUCGGAGCAGUUCAGGAUGGAAACGGUGAGGACGAUACCGCAGUGCCUCAACGUGAAGCGAUCCGUCAAGUCGCAGCUGAUGGCAACUGUUAACCGCAAGACGAUAGAGAAAUCGAUUAGUUGCUGGAAACUGUUUAGAUAUAAUGUUAGCUUGAAGUCAGCAAAGAUUUGGAUGACAAUACGGAACUUAUUGACGAUAAAAUUAUGGCAUCGGACGAUAAAAACCAUUGAGAGUCACCAUGGGAGCGGUAUAGCGACGUACUUCAAAUUCUUGAGAUGGUUACUCUUCCUCAAUACAAUUUGCUGUGUAUUGAGUGUAUCCUUUAUUGUGAUCCCGCAGUCACUGGCUCAAACACAUGUGCCAAACAAUAUUGAGGUAUUGGAUUUUUUAACAGGCAAUGGCUUUUUAUCCCACACAAUAAUGUAUUAUGGUUUUUAUUCCAAUGGCACGGUAGACGCACCAUUUGGACCCAAAUAUAGCAUUCCAUUUGCCUAUUUUCUAACGCUGCUUUUUUGCUAUAUAGUUACAUUUGUUGCACUCUCUCGCAAAGUAAUAUCCUCUUAUAGAAAGUCUUACGUCGAAACGCGUGGAAAAGUGCACAAUAUGUAUAGCAGCAAAAUAUUCUGUGGAUGGGACUUCAGUAUAUCUUCCCCAAAAACGGCUGCUCUGCAAUCGGCAUCGAUUUAUAAAGAGCUGGAAGAGCUAUUGGCAGAAAUGAUACAGGAUAUAAGUUUGCAUUGGUGUGCCAAGUGUUUGUUAAUUAUAACGCAACUUGCCGUAACAUCUAUUGUUAUAUUUAUAAUUUGCGGUGCUGGCGCACUCAUUUGGAUGCUAUUAAGUCAUUACGGUCUAAAAGCGUCCGUAACUGUCUCAGUCGUAAUUGUGCCAGUCGUCAUUACCGCUAUCAUUCAUGUUUUUCCAACGAUUAUCUCCUAUCUAGCGUCGCUGGAACACUACAGCAACAAACGCACGGAACUUUACGUGACGGUUGUCAGAAAUUAUGCGGUUGCCGCGACGAUAAUCGGCACGUUGUUUGUCUUCUGGAUAAUCAACAGUACCUCGCACUGCUGGCAAACGCACUUGGGGAAGGAGAUCUAUCGGCUUAUCAUACUGGAUUUCAUUGCCUCGCUGUUCGGGGCGAGUUUCCAUUUCGCACGUUCCGUGCUGUACUACAAAGGACUCUCGACGAAAGUCGGCAGACCGGAAUUCGAUAUCGCUCGCAACACGUUAAAUCUUAUAUACAAUCAGACGCUCUUUUGGAUCGGAUUUUAUUUCAGUCCGCUGACAUCCGUUAUGAUCGUGAUAAAGCUAAUUUUUACGUUUUACGCGAAGAGAUACGAGCUGAAGAGAUAUUACCAGCGGCCGUCGCAGCCCUGGCGAGCGGCACAAACGCAAACGCUGUUCUUGGCACUCGCGUUUCUCAGUAUUACCACCGUAUUGUAUACGAUAGGAUACGUCAUCACGAAUGUGAAAAGUGACGAAUGCGGACCGUUCAGAGAUCAUUUUCACACUUGGGAUUUUAUCGUCGACAGGCUGUUAUCGUUGAAGAGAGACAGCCCGUUCUGGAGCUUCGUUUCGAAGCUUGCGAGUCCAGUAACCGGCGCCGUGAUACUGAUUGCCAUGUGUAUCGCAGUGUAUUGUCUACGGGCAAAAGCGGAAGCGAGCAAGGAAAUGUUACAGAUUUUGUCCGACAUGCUUCUCCUCCAGUCUCAAGAUAAGCAAUUUCUCAUAAAAAGCUUCGGUAAAUGUGCUAAAAAUAAACAUACUGCCCAGCAUGCCGGAUUUGCUGAACAAAAUCGUAGAAACGAAGGAGUUUUACUUUCUCGCCGACGUAACUUACCAUCGACCAGUUUCGAAGAAAUGAUUGUAGUUAAUAAUACGUACUAAUUGACAAUUCGAUGACAAACUGCCAAAGCACGUAUUAGAAAUCGAUUUUAAUUUUCUUACGAUUUUAUUUGACUUUAAAUUUAGUUUAAAAAUAUUAUUGCUUCUACGAUUUUGCCAAAACACUCAAGACUGUCAUAUACGAUAAAAUAAGAAUAUAUUUUUAACGUGCCAUUUCAUACUAUAUACAAUAUACAAGUAAUAAUUAUUUAAGCAAU